CGGCGACUCCGUUUAGCGCUUUCUGGCCGAUGAGACGUGGCUGCCGCUGGAAAAGUCUUUCCGCUUCCAACACACAGAACCUUCCGGGCGUUUGCGCCUGCAGGCUGGGUCCACCUCAGCAGCCCCUGCCGCUCACAGGACAGCUGGAUGGCAGGGACAAUCCGGAGCAAACGUUUCAAGGACCUCGACAGGGCGAGAGAAAACCCCUGCGGCUGCUUAUCUGUGGAACUGUUGGGGAGCAGCAGCUAGUUGCCAAGGCUUUAAAACUUUGCGCAUGUUGGCUGAGGAGUAGUUUGCUUUGCGACCUAACGUUGUUUAGUUCUUAAACGAGAGUUUUGUUGAGCAACGGUGUGUUGGCAGCUGGUAAACAAGCUAGCUGGCCUAGCUAGCAGAUCUUCGGCGCACAGACAUCCAGGUUGUAUCCGGUCUUCUUGUUAACCUUAUUUUUCUUACGCAACGUUGUGGAUGAAAUCGCAUGCGAACUAUUUGAAGCCUCUCGAAGUCACUAGACUCCUUCCUCCCUUGCAGUACCUUGCAUGUGGCUCACGAGCACUCCACAGAGGUCUGGCCUUAUGAGGACCGGACCCGGGAGGCCCGUUUGGGCAUUGGGUGCACUCCUGCUUGUCGCAGCCCUGCUGGCUGUCAGCUCCACUGCCUCCUCCAGCGGAAAGAAGAUGGCCCAGACGGUGUUGGCUCACGCUACGGCUGCAGCAACUGGCCCGGGGACCUGGUGUGCCGAGGAGGUCUUCGGCUUCCACAGCCUGACUACGCUGUUGUCCGGAGAGGGUGUAGAUGUUUGGCUUUGCUCCCUUGUAGGCUCCAUUGCUGUAGGCCUCAGUGGGAUAUUCCCCCUUCUGGUGAUCCCCAUCGAGGCUGGUGCAGCUCUGAAAACCGAGGCCGGAUGUCAAAAGUUGAAGAAACUACUGAGCUUUGCGAUUGGUGGUCUCCUUGGAGAUGUCUUCCUCCACCUUCUCCCUGAAGCCUGGUCUCAUAUGUGCAACAGUGAUGAAGGUCCAAAACACUACCGCACACAGGGUCUGUGGGUGGUCACAGGCCUCCUGGCCUUCCUCUUGCUGGAGAAGAUGUUUCCAGAUGAGGAGGUCCCUGCCGAGGCUGUUGCCAUGACCCGGGUAAACAACUCUUCCACGAUGGAUCUCAGUCGUGACUGUUUUAGAUCUUCACAAAUAAAUGGAAUCUGCUCCAACAACAACUCUGAGUCCAAGCCAAAGGCUGACCUCAGCUCUCUCCCUGGGACGGAGAAGAUCAAGACGAGUGGCUAUCUGAACCUUCUCGCCAACUGCAUUGAUAACUUCACCCACGGCCUUGCAGUGGCAGGGAGUUUCCUAGUCAGCCGGAAGGUUGGGUUUUUAACCACCUUUGCAAUCCUACUGCAUGAGAUUCCCCAUGAGGUGGGAGAUUUUGCCAUUCUCCUGCGUGCGGGCUUUGACCGCUGGAGUGCGGCCCGCAUGCAGCUCUCCACAGCGCUGGGGGGUGUACUGGGUGCAUGUUUCGCUCUCUCCGCCCAAUCACAGCAAGGGGCAGAGAACGCGACAGCAUGGAUCCUCCCCUUUAGCUCAGGAGGCUUUCUCUACAUCGCCCUGGUCAACGUGGUGCCUGACCUUCUGGAGGAGACCAACCCCAGGCACUUAUUGCUUCAGAUUCUCUUGGUCUUCUGUGGUGUCGGAGUCAUGGCCCUCCUUUCUGCCAUAGCAGAGUAGGACUGAACGAAAGCAAGAGCGCUCCAUUCAGGAUGGAGGACUGAUGGACAAUGCACUCCACUAUUUAUGCUUUAAAGCAGACUGAAUUUAAGACUGACCUCAAACAGAUGAACUGAACAUUUUUUUUGUGUGUGGGGGGGGGAGAAGAGAUCCUUUAUUUUGGACUUGAAAAUGGGUACUAUCAAGAUGAAAUGUCGGUGGCAAUACACUAGUUCAAAUGGUGUAUGUUGUGCCAAAGACUUGAUUUAACCUGUCAUUGUGUGUAAUCAUUCUAUCAAGCAUUUAUUAAUGAUCAUUUUUGAUAGUUUACCACCAUGCUUAAUGUUCAGUACUCUUUGUUAGAAAAAUAAUGGCAAAUUUGAGAAGUCAUAAGGUGAACCUACUAAUGGCUGUUGCAUCGUCGUGCACAUAAAUGAACCAAACUGGUGGUUUUUUUUGUUUGGUUGGUUUUUUUUUGUACAGAACCUGUCCACCAGCACUCUGUGCAGAUAACAUUGGUAAGCCCACAGAACUUGUGAGGAUUUGGAAUUAAAAGCUUUAAGCUUCUUUAAACAUCUGUUGCACAAUAAUGCAUCCAGCCUGGGUAUGCUGAUUACAGAGGUACUUGGAGCACAGAGAGAGUACUGUCCUGACUGUCUGCUUUCUCAUCAAAUCUGACUAAAGUGCACUUGAUUUUCAUAAACAACCUCAAAUAUCCACUGUUUAAGCAGCGCAUGCAUACACAGACCAGUUUAAUCACGUGUGCUGUAUCCAUAAACUUAGAUUCAUCAGCCUAUCCAGCAACCAUAAGUAUGUUAAUGUUUUGUGUUUUGUUUUUUGUUUUUUUCCUACAAGUAUUAUUCCACUACACAUAUUUAUAAAAUCAUGCUGCUUUACUUUUUGCACAGUGUUAGAUUUCAUUAAGGCUAUGUCAUAUAUUUGUCAUUGAUUUAUGCUCUGAUGUCCACUACAUCCACUUCGGUUCAGUCUUACUCUAUGGAUAGAUGUAGAUCUGAUGCAACUAUGCAGUUAAUAUUGCCAAAUGACAUUGUUUCAGCCUUAUUACACAUCACCAGCUUAUUCUGUCUGUUGGGGCCUUUCAGUUUCUCACGGUCAUGGUGCAGAAGUGUCAAGUCACAGUGAAGAUUCUACCGUGGAACUGAUCACCUGUUCCACUUUAAAGUUACAAAACAUAUGGCCUUUCAAUUAAAUGUGGCACCAUAUUGUACAAUCAAACCAAAUGAAUAAAAUUGGACUAGCUGGCACACUACAAUGCAAUGUUACUCAAAUGUGUGUUCUGAAAAUGUUAGGAAUGGGGUCAAAAGCAUGCUUGCAUAAAUGUACAUAUUCCAGAUAAGAGCUAUUUAUUAUAUAGGAAAGGUCCUGUGUAAAAAAAAAAAAGAAAAUGUCUAGCUUUUAAAUGUAUAGAACACUCCCAGCAUUGUUGAAAUGAGGGGGAAAAAAUAUUUUAUUUUUACUUGGUAGUAUAUAUUGACUUGAUAAUAAUAUACAUUUUUCAAAAUAA